CACAACCUUUAGGAUAUAUAUACAUAAAAAUCUCUCUUUUUCAAAGCUUUUUCUGAAGAUUUUUGAAGGAAAAAUGGGUGGAAAUCCCCCCUGCGCUUCAUGCAAGCUGCUUCGACGCAGAUGUGCCCAGGAUUGCGUUUUUGCUCCUUAUUUUCCAUCUGACGAUCCUCACAAAUUUGCCAUUGUUCACAAGGUUUUUGGUGCCAGCAACAUCAGCAAAAUGUUGCAGGAGCUCCCGUUGCACCAAAGAGUAGAUGCAGUGAGUAGUCUAGUAUACGAGGCGAAUGCUCGAGCAAGGGAUCCAGUUUAUGGGUGCGUUGGUGUCAUAUCUUACUUGCAAAACCAGGUCUCUCAACUACAAAUGGAGCUGGCUGUGGCUCAAGCAGAAACACUUUGCAUUCAGAUGCAACAAGAACCGGCUCCAAUUGCCACUAAUCCAAUAAUGUUGGAGGCACAAGAUGAUAAAUCAUCCUUUUUCCUUCAUCAAAAUAAUCUUCCUCAGUUCCUUAGCUUCUCCUCUUCCAACAAUGUAAUUUUUGACUCCUUCAAGAAAGAGUCCAUUUUUGGACAAGACAUGAUUUCUUAGCUAAACAAUGAUAUAAUGGAAAUAUAUCAUUUUGCGUUUCAAAAUAUUGAAUCUCGUCUGACUCAU